GUACGUGACGGUACGAGCAGUACAGUCAUCGAGCGCGUAAAGUUGCUAUGCAAGCAGUUCAAACUCCAUGUACUUGGUCCAGACAUCCACGAUAGAUGGUUGUCAGCAUCUAAUAAUAAACCAGACUGCGAGAUCUCGUGUGCUGUGUUCAGUUGUCAUUGUGAAUAAUUUCUUAGGUGAAUUAUCGCAGAAAGAUCAGUCAGUGUAUCAGACACAGACGAAAGUGAAAUAAGUAUAAAUGCGAACGGAAGUGCUGUGGAUGUCAUAGUCGGAGCGCAAGUGCAGUUCGAUGUUUCCAAGCUCCCUUAGUCGUGUGAUUGAUCCGGGUGCAAACCGCCCUAUUUUCUUGUUGUAAAGUCCGCAGUCGAUUUCAACAUGGAGGAAGAUAUGUGGCGUCAAUUCUACGAAAAAGUAAAAGAGUCUGAAUCCAAAAAAGAAAAGACUGAACAUGACAUAAGAAUCCAGGAGCUUGAUGGCGGAUUCUUUGAGAAGUUCGGCACACUGCUCAAAGAGCAGCAUGCACACCAAGAGACUGGAGGAAUGGCUCUCGUGUGCGAAGAGGAACAGCCAGAGAACGUGGAGCUGGAGCUGGAGGUUCCAGAGGAAAGUGGAGGGGUCGGGAUGGCUCUCCAGGACAGCGACUCUGAACCGGAGGAGUCUGACAAACACGAGUUCAUCACUGACGCCAUGGGAUGGAAUAUUGAAGAGCUGUAUUCGGAGGUACUCUAUGAGAUUCUCCACAUUGUUGGCUGUGAUGCAAGUGCUGAAGAAGAACGCACCCCUCUGUUUUGCUACCUCCAAGAGACCUUCAAGUUAGAUCAUGAAAAACAUAAUCAUCUGCUAGAAAUGGCACGAGCAAAGGAGGCACCAAACAUUCUCUUAAAUGUUGAGAUCAUCGAAGCCAAAGAUUUGAAGCCGAAGGAUGCAAAUGGUUUAAGUGAUCCUUUCUGUACCCUCUUCCUUACUUCAUCCGUCGCUCACCGCUACAACACUUCUGUCAAGCAGGAAACGCUGAGUCCAGUAUGGGAAGAACACUUCUCGCUGCCAGUGGAAAAUCCAGCAGAUGAUGUCCUUUGCGUUGAAGUCUGGGACUUUGACCCAGCAGAAACAGUUAGGGAGAAAAUGAUGAAAAUUGGGGCAGUGAAAGGAGUAAAGGGCCUCAGAAAGCUGAUGAAGGAAAUUGCUGUUACUGCAUCUACAGGCAAACAUGACAACGAACUGGUGGGCAGCGCCACCUUACCUCUGAAGAAUAUUCCAGCAUCAGGCCAGACACUGUGGUGCUCCCUGGAAAAGAAAGGCAAAUCAAAGAAACAAGGAGAUGUGAAGAUUCGACUUUCCUUCAGCUCUGAGAAGAACUCUCAUGUUGCAUCUCAAGAACACCGACAUCUUCUUCGUCUUAUGCUGCUACAUGAACUUGAAAAUUCAAAGGUUGAACCUUACCAGUGGGAUGGUAAGUUCUCUCAGUCAGCAGAGAUCAUCUUGACACAACAUCUUGUUCAAUGCGGACUGAGCAAAGUGGCUGUAACACUGGCAAAGUGGAUUGAAUUUGCCAGUGUACAUGUGGACCAUCCGCUCAGCUUCAUCAUUUUCUCAAUCCUGCUUCAGAAGCUAGUCAAACCUCUUCAGAAAGGAUUUGUCACUGAAGAGGAGGAAAAGUUGUUCUGGGAAGCUGCGAAGAAGAUAUUGCCUUCCUGUUUUAAUGGUAUCAGGAAAAUUCGGAAACUGACUCAUAGUGAUAAAAGCACUCUACACCAACUUUCUGGCAUUCUCAGUAUUUUGUCCCAGUUGUCAACACUACAUCCUCCUGAAGGUACAGACUUGUUUCCCCCUUCUAUAUACGGCUGGCUAACAGUCAAUGAAGAUGAACCAAACUGUGAUAUUCGUGCCACUUUGUAUGACGCUGUGACUCAGGGAGCAGAGGACUGGUUUUCUCAUAUCCUGGAGAAUAAUAAAACUACUGAUUCCCCAGAAGAAGCAUAUUUAAAUCACCUCAUACAAGUAACACAACUUGUAAGAACAGAUCUGCAAAGAGCAAUUGAAUUCCACGACAAAAUAUUUCAGCAAUCUUUCAAUUUUCCUUACGCCAAAACACUCUACAAAGUAUAUGAAUCCAAAGUUGCAGAGCUGGUUGAACCAGUGGUGACAGAAGUAUGUAAAUCUUUGAAGCCACUGAAAUUCAAUCAUGGAGCUGGAGAUGGCAUUUAUGAUAAUGACCGUUUAUUGAUGGGAACAACACUGUUCGAGCUGUAUCUCAUUGUGCAGCGAUUUGCAGUGCUUGGAACUGGCUUGUGUCCAGUAGAUUCAGAAAUAUUCCUCAGCCACAACUUUCACCUCUGGUUCCAUGCAGGGGUGGCUCAGUGGCUAGAUAUUGCUCUCUACAAAGCCCUCCAGAGGAUAAAGAAGGCUGUGGAAAUAGAUCACCUUGUCCCAGUGGACAGCAGUGUCAAGUACAGUUCAUCAGCAGUCGAUACCCUUGCAAUUUUUUACCAGAUAAAAAUAUUCUGGAAGCAGCUUGCAUGGCCAGAUGUUGAAGGCUCCUAUACAUUUGUUGCCAAGAUUAUUGAUGAUAUCUGCCGAUGUUCUGUUUUCUAUGCAGACCAAAUGAGUGAGAAAGUAGAAGGAAUGGGAGAGAGUCAAAAUGUGUAUGAGAAGAAGUUUGAGGUGACAAAUGAGUGGUGUUUGGCAAUAAAUAACAUUGAUUAUGUGCGGCAGUCAAUUCAAGCCUUUGUUGGUGAAUUAGGAAUGGAAGAGAUUGUAACAUCCCUUGCUAAUUUUCGAAGUCAGACAGAAGCUGAUCAUUGUCAAAGGACAUUACAAUUAGUCAUUGACAAUGCUGUUGAUACAGUGGGCAACAAGAUACUGGAACUCCUAGAAAAAGUUGCAGAAAAGAUGGCACCAGCAAUCAAUAGGUUCUUGUUAGAGGGAGCUGAGCUACUCCAACAAGAAAACAACUGCAUGGAUCGACUGAUGAAAUAUCUAGAUGACAAUCUGUUGACACUCCAUUCACACCUCAACACAGAUAACUUCAGUCGUAUCCUGGCCAUCAUCUGGGAGAACCUUUCACAUACUAUGUACGAACUCGUUGAAAGCAACCUAGAGAGGAAAAGACCACCAACUUUCUUCUUGAAUCUUCAUGAAACUUUAAAAAUACUGGUUGGAUUUUUCAAACAAGGUGAUGAAAAGAAUGACACAAACAAUCCAGCAAUUCUGGAGCAGAUGGAGCACUUGCUUCAGCUGUAUGGGAUGGAAACAUGGGAACUAAUUCAUCAGUAUCACUUGGAACGAAGAGAAGAGCAGAUGGCUAUGGAAGCAGCCACUCAUGGCCUUCUUACAGUUAGAAUGCAAUUUGUUGAGGAUCUUUUGAGGAUAGAGGUACUAAAUGCUAGAAAUCUUCACCCUAUGGACACCAAUGGAUCCUGUGAUCCAUAUGUGAAAAUUCAUCUGCUACCAGAAGAGAAAUUCACAACAAUAACAAAACCAAGGACUAAAACACACAAGAAAACGAUGUUCCCGCUCUAUGAUGAAUAUUUUACUUUACACCUAACUUCUGAGCAGCAAGAGCUCGAGAAUGGGUUGAUUAUGUUCACAGUAAAGGAUCAAGACUUUCUUGGAACGAACGAAUUCCUUGGUGAAGCAUUUGUAGCAUUUUCUGAUGUUCCAAAGACUGAUAUGACAACUGGGCUUGAACAAAUGGCACAGGUUCAUCUGAAGCUUAGCAGACCAACACGGCAAGAUUCUGAAGUUUACAGAGCUUUGGAGAGUCGGCACGAUAAAUUGGCACGAGACUUCAUAAAAAAGGAAAAACCAAAGUUUCUACCUAGCUAAGAAUACAAUCAUGUCACAUUUCGAUAAUUUCUUAAAUUUCUUAAAGUUUCUGUUGUGAUUAUAGAGCAAUUACUCAUGCCAGUAUUUAUUUUAUAACUGUAAUAAUUACCUAAUGUUUAUGCCUAUGUUCAAAUCAUUUCAUAUAAUAACACAAGCUUUGUACGAACUCAGCAGGAAUUUGAUGUUCAGAGUAAUAGUCCUAUCCUUUGGUAAGAAAUGAAUGUUCAAAGAGGUUUAAGAGGUGCUAGAUGCCAUAUAUGUAUUUGCAGCUAUUUCUUAGUCACGACUGAAGUUUACUGCCUUAAAAUAUAUUGCCUUUUUUUUCUCCGAUGUUUUUGUUUUCAAGAACAUCAAUGUCAACACGUCUAGAGACAUGUGAGCUACUUACUUUAAUUAGCUCACCCAUAGUUUUAAUCACAUAUGGGUUUGAUGUUCAUGCAAAACCAAUCAUCUUGAAGUAUAUUACUGCUCAGAAGUUCAGUUAGAAUUAAUGUGAGAAUGUAAUCAAUACACACUAACACAAAAUUGUUUUAUGACAGAAAUAUUUGAUAUUUUCUAAAUUACAGAAUGCUAAUACUGGGUUGAAGUUGAGAAGCAAAGAGAGAAAGUGUUUAAUACCACAUAUCAGUGAAGUUUUCUGUUGUUACUGACGAGUAUCCCAAAUGGGAGACAUUUCUAGUACUUAUGUAUCAGUAAUAUGCUAAGAGCUGUAACUUUCAGUGUUGCAUCAGUACAGAUUGCAGGUAAGCACCUGAUUAUGCAGUAGCUGCAUUCCCAUGAUUGGUCACGUAACUCAGAAUUUUUAUUCCUUCGGUUUUUUAUCUGCCUUUAAUUUUCAAGGGAAUAGAAGCAAUUUAAUACCAUUAAUUUUAGCCAUCAUGAAUCCUAUUUCUUGAUGUAAUUAAUUUCUGGUCUUCACUAAAAGAAUUGUUACAGAAACUCAUAUGAACUCACAUUACUAUGAACUUGCAUAAGGCAGAGCAUACAUACAUGAUUAUACCUAAAGAUGUUCAGCACUCAAUACAUACAGUUAAUAAAAUAUUUACAGUUCUACUUACCUUCUUGCCUCUUUGCCUCUUUGUUUCUUGUAUAUAAGACAGAUACUUAUGACUAGUUGUCAAAUAAUGAUCCAACAUUCUCAGGUACUGAUAUGAUAACUUCAUGCAGUAGAUGAAAUGUAAACUUGAGUUAUAUGUAAACAAAGUAGGUGAAUGAAUGUAAAUAUGGAUGCCAUAUUAAUUUCAGAAAUAUGAAAUGCAAUUCAUUUUUAUAAUGGAAAUUGUCUACUUUAGUCCCAUUAUGGUACAUUAAUUUUACACUGAUAAUUGAAAAAAUGUUAUAUUUGACAUGUAUGUGUGGUAGAUGCAAAUGUUGGUAGCAUAACUGAAGCCUUAAUAAAUCAAAUUCCAUUACUGUAAUGUA